CUUUGUCCAUGUCAAAUCAUUUCCUCUUCCGGUAAUCGUGUCGUGGGGAGUGGAGCCGAUUUGCUUCAGCCGAGAUUUUGAAGCCGGAAAAGUGAAUUAUUUUCUGAUUUUCCCAGCUGGUUAGACCUCGUAACAGAGCCGAAGAUGAUUCUUCUGGAAAUCAAGAACAGAAUUUUGGAGGAGACGUUAUUUGCGAAAUUUGAGGCGGCUAAGGCGGGAAAUAAACCCGAUAGCACAGACAUUGUUAUUGCAGAUUACGAUGGCGUCACGUACCACAUAUCAAAUCCCGACGGACAGAAGACCAAAGUUAUGGUUAGCAUUUCACUCAAGUUCUACAAAGAUCUUCAAAAACAUGGAGCAGAUGAGUUGUUAAGGCGAGAGUAUGGUCCUCUCAUUGUCGACACAGAGGAGAACUACAGCGUUUCCAUCCUAUACGAUCUGGAGAACCUCCCCGAGAACAUCACUGAGGAAGCCGCCAAGGGGGCGCUGCUCAAGCGCAACUGCUUCGCCUCCGUCUUUGAGAAGUACUUUGAUUUCCAGGAGCGCGAAGAAUCCGGAAAAGAGCGGGCGGUCAUCAAUUAUCGUGAAGACGAAACACUGUAUGUGUCGGCUAGAAAGGACCGUGUGACAGUCGUCUUCAGCACCGUCUUUAAGGAUGAUGAUGAUGUCAUCUUUGGCAAAGUCUUUAUGCAGGAGUUCAAGGAAGGGAGGAGGGGUGCACAGAACGCCCCCCAGGUCCUCUUCAGUCACAAGGAACCCCCUCUAGAACUGCAAGGGACCGACGCAGCGACUGGGGAGAAUAUCGGCUACAUCACUUUUGUGUUGGAGCCUCGUCACACCAAUCGCAAGGCCCGUGAUAACACCAUCAACUUGAUCCAUCUGUUCCGGGAUUACCUUCACUAUCACAUCAAGUGUUCCAAGGCAUAUAUCCACACCCGCAUGCGAGCACGCACCUCGGAAUUCCUGAAAGUCCUCAACAGGGCUCGGCCUGAAAACUCCAACAAGGAGAAGAAAACAAUGAGUGGGAAAACAUUUGUCCGCAAUUAAAGUCAGCUUUGAAGAAGACUCGAAUCAUGGAAAUCAUCUUCUUCCAGAGUGUAAAACGCAUCAAAAAUAUACACAAAUGAACUUACAGUGUAAUUGUAAAGAAAAAUGAGAACACACUUUUUUUUUGGAUAAACCUGACAGUGCGUUUCCUGUGUAUAUAUAGUGCACUGUUGUAAGGCAAACGGAGGACAAAUUCUCUGCUGAUUAUAUUUUUGAAAUUUUGCUUGUCGGCACAUUAUGUGGGGCAUUCCACUGAUGUGGAAGAAACAGAAGUGACACAUAAAGUUUGUGUUCAUUUCUGUCUUAAUGUGUGGACAAUUUGGUCUGCGCAUUUGGCAUUUUUGUGGAAAUAACGGAUCAAGUGGACUGCACCAAACCAUUUAGGUUUUUUUUUUUUUAGAAAAAAAUUGAAGAUUAUCCCAUGGCUUUGAAUGAAAAAAAAAUGUAAGCUCAAAAAAUUGUCAAUUCAGAUCAAAUGAAGGGUUUGGAAAGUCCUACAUAGCUCGGAAAAAAAAAUAACUGAUUUUAAUGACCAAAGUGUUUGGACUUACUUUUGUGGUCAAUAGCGUGUAAUGGCGCCCUCUUUAGACAGACCUGAUACAUUGACUUUCUUAAUUAAAAUCUGAAUUCCAUUGGAUACAGGUAAAAAGUCAUAAAUGCUACUUAUUACUAUUUUUUGAAGGAAAUGCAAAACUUUGUUUUAUUUAUAUCCGUUAUGUUUUACUUUUUUGCAAAUGUCAAAAAAGGCUGUCACCUUUUUUGAACUUUUUAGUGAAAAAAAGAGCUUUCAACGAAUCUGUCUUAUAUUAAUUAUUUUUCCCCAUUAAUGCUAAAAUGAGAUAGUUUAUGUAAGCACAAGUAAUUGGUCCAAAUAUUGCCUUUUUUUGAUAAGCAUUAGGAUUGUAACCGUUUCUAACAGUUUUCUAAUAUCAGUCCGAUAAAUGUACCAAAGUAAGCUAAACUUUCCUGUCAUUUCAGUAGAUUUCUCUUAAAAGCAAAAAGUAGAUAAAAGGGGGCUAGGGAAUCGGUCGGUUUCUAUUGUUUCUAGUCUGUGGGUUAGUACAUGUAAUUAAUUGCAACUGGUUUGCCUUCACUCAAGAUGCAGUUUUCAUCAUAAAUGGUUUGAAAUCUGUUUCACAUUAGCCGAGGGUAGUGGGUGAUGCAUUUAUAACCACAACUUGUUCAGUUAUGGAUAAAAAGCUGGGGAAAAAAAAAACAAUGACAACUACGUUUCCCAGCCAGUUAUUGAAUUACCAUCUAUUUAUCCUUUGCUCGUUAUGUUUGUACAAUAUGACCAAAUCUUCACCAAUAUUGUCGAUAUGGGUGAUUGGGUUUUAGUUCAGUCAACUAAAAUGGUGUUUCUUGUAUUUUUUCAGGUUACCCCCAGUAAAGUUUGUUUUUUCAUUGAAUAAUAAUCGACGGUCGGCUUUAUUUUACCAUUAUAUUUCUAUGAUUGACAUAAUUAAAACAAUUUAGCUACAUAGA